AUGGCUAGGGACAGGAAUGAUCCUGGUCUGAAUGAUCCAUUAAAUCCAAAUGGUCAGGAUGUUGAUCUUUCUAUUCAUCACGUGAUAGACGACCGAGACAGGCCAAUUAGUGAACAUGUUGUGCUAAUUUUGGGUGAUUUGAAUUUAGGGAUAGUUAAACCACACAUUCAAGCUCAGCAUUUUGAGUUGAAAUCGAUGAUGUUUCAGAUGUUCCAAACACUGGGACAGUUUAGUGGGUUGCCUACUGCAAAUCCACGAUUGCAUUUAAGACUUUUCCUAGAAUUCUAUGACUCGUUUAGACAACAGGGUGUUCCUGAAGAUGCCCAGAGACUUAAAUUGUUUCCAUAUUCCUUGAGAGACCGAGCAAGAGCAUGGUUGAAUGUUUUGCCAUCGAGGACAGUGGCAUCAUAG